AUGCUUGUGACGGUUAUAUUAUUGCUGAUAACAUGUGGAAUCGUCCAAAGUUCAGAGAUACAUCCAGUGGCACCAGCUGGUGCUGCGCCUAUAGUGACAGCUUCCAGUUCGCAGUACUUCGAAAGAACUUUUAAUCGUUUGAUCGCAACGCCACCUGUAUUAGAGCCAGUGUUACCUGUUGCCCCUGCCCCUGUGGUACCAGUUUUUCCAGCCGCACAACCUCGUCCGUUUUUAUCAGUUCUGCCUAUUGCGCCCGCUCCACCGGUUGUCGUAGAAGCAACUAGAACAACAUCUGUUCCUGCAAAUCCAACAAACCCACAACAGAGUGCUCCUGUCGAACCCAAUAUUGCUAUUGCAAUCGCAACUGCUCAUGCUGCUGCACCAGUUGCCACUAUACUUCUUCCACCCUACCCAUUUGGAUUUCCACCAUCAUUCGGAGUGCUACCACAAGCACCUCAAGCACCAUCAGACCCCAACACUAGAGAAUCAACUACGUUAAAAACUACAACAACAGUCCAAGCAACUUCAACACAAAGAGAAGAAGACGCUACAACACCAUUACCAUCAAACACAGAUAAUAAUUUCGCUCUAGCACCUUCAAAUCAGAAUGUGAACUUUAGGCAAUAUCUAGCACCACAAUUGCCUGCACAAGGGUCUGGACCCCAGCAACUACCUGCUCCGAGACCACAACAGUUUCCUGGACCGAAUGUUAGACCACAACAAUUUCCUGAAACGGAUCCGAGACCACAACAAUAUCCUGAACCAAACCCAAGACCACAACAAUGUCCUGGAUUGACUCCGAGGCCACAACAAUUUUCUGGAUCGAAUCUUAGGCCACAACAAUUUCCUGGAUCGAAUCCAAGGCCACAACAAUUUCCUGGAUCAAAUCCGAGACCACAACAAUUUCCUGUACAGACAUCGAGACCACAACAAUUGCCUAUACCUAAUCCGUGGCCACAACAUGUGCCCCAACAUUUGCCUCAGCCAGAUUCAAGACCCAUCAAAUUUAAAACGAACGUGGAAGUAGUACCUGUGCCUCUAGCCUAUAUCGCUCCACCUUCACCGCAUCAACACCAUCAUCAUCACCAUCAGUCAUUGAAAGCAGUUCCUUAUAUUCACAAAUAUAUACCGAAGACGUCAAAGAUUAUAAUUAUUAGGCCAGUGAGUGCUUCUCGAAUUAGAACCGUCAGAGUACCUGCAGGAUUUGCGACGUAUGGACCACCUAAAUUAGUAAAACGAGCGGCGUUAAAGCGGUCACAAAAUAUCAGGUUUACUCCACGUGACGAACAGACUACUUUUGGACCUAUUAAUAGGCCUUUUACUAGACCACCAAGGUUAUAA